AUGUCCUCCUCUCCCGAACACGUGACUCCUCCGCGCGCGGAGAACCUGCAGAAGAGCGCGAGGACUGGAGCUCCGCUGCUUCCUUUCAGCGUGGAGGCGCUGAUGAGCCGCGCGCUCACGGUUUCCUCGCACGAGCGCGGAUCUCGUGCCUCCUGUGCGGCUGUGCGCGAGGGAGCGACGGUAACGGCAGAGAGUCCAGAGCGCGCGGACCGGAGCACGAAUAUCCGGGUCUCCCCCCCUCCUCCCACUGUGGUUUUGGUUCCUUACCUCUGUGUUAGGGCAUGUGAGCCCUCCAGCAAGCCCCGCACCCCGUUUACCACGGUACAGUUGCUGGCGCUUGAGAGGAAGUAUCUGCAGAAACAGUACUUGUCUAUCUCAGAACGAGCUCAGUUCUCCAGCUCUCUCAGCAUGACUGAGACUCAGGUGAAGAUUUGGUUCCAGAACCGUCGAGCCAAGGCAAAACGCCUGCAGGAGGCAGAACUCGAAAAAUUUAAAAUGACUGCCAAGCACAUGCUUCCCCCAAACUUUGGAUUUACUUUUCAGCUAGGGGAACACAUGUCCACAUCAUACGGAGGUUCCCUCAAUAUAUAUGGAGUUAAAUUAGUGCCAAAACUUCGCAAAUAA